AUGGGACCUUCUACAUACCCAAAGAACAUGCAAUAUUCUGGUCUCAACGUUUUGAACUUUCCCAAAAACGAAGGCGAAACCAUACAACUCAAUGAUGGAAGAGUGAUAGGGUACAAGGAGUAUCACUUUUAUCAUCAAUUUACGAAAAACCCACAAAGACAACUUCGGCCUGUGUUCUUGAUUCCCGGAUUGCCAGGCACACGGUUUUUCUGCCAUCCGAAUGUGAUCGAUAAUCUGGUCCGAGAUGAAGAUGACUAUAGCAAUGCUUCCGAGCCUGCCUCUUCUUCUUAUACUCGGAGGAUCACACUAAUAGUCGUAGAACGCCCGGGAAUUGGACUGUCUACAUUUGCAAAGCGAACAAUGCUUGACUUUGCAGAGGAUGUUCGAGAGCUGUGUAUUAAAAAAGGUAUUACAGAAUUCGAUCUGAUAGGUUACUCGGCUGGCGGGCCGUUCGGGUUGGCCGUUGGAAAAGUAUUGGGUAAAAAGGAUGGAAAUGUACGAUUGAGAAAUUUGGCUGUUAUAAGCUCUGUUGCGCCUUACCAUGCACCCGGAUGCACUUCAAGAAUGCCUUUAAAAUUUAAAAUUGCUUGGUUUGUCAUUUCUUUUUCGUUAUUUCGAUAUGGUCCAGUAAUCGUGUUUCGUCUUUUGGUGAUUGAAACUAACAAAUUUACUUUUGUUGUCAUAUUCAAUGCUCUCCAAAUCUGGGCUAUUGCAUUCAUUCCAUACAAACAUGGGUUUGAAGCUCGAAGCUCGCUCAGAGAUCCAGCCUCUUCUUUCCGUGAAUCGCUCAUGGAUGGACCAUCCUCAGACAUUGAUAUAUGUGUUGCGAUGCCGGGAAUAGAGAGUAUGUUUGUAGAAUCAGCACUCGAGAUGUAUACUCGUGGACAAUCGAACACUGAAUGUUAUGAGCUGAGUUUGUGGGGAAAAUCGUGGGGGUUUGAACUGAACGAAUUGAAAGGAGAUAAUGUGGUAAGAACAGAACAUGACGAUGGAGGGAUGGAAGCCAAAAAAGGCGCUAGCGACAAUAAAACUCUUAGGAUAAAAGUAUGGCAAGGAGAGCUGGACCCUGGAACCACGGUAGACAUGGCCUCAUAUAUUGCUCAAGAAACAGGUGCCGAAUUGAGAGUGGUCGAGGGAAAAGGACAUAUGAUAUACUUUGAAGUAUGGGAUGAUGUAUUCGAGUGGUUCGUGACAAGCGAGUAA